UCCUUAGUUCAGGAAAGAUUCUUCCUCUCAGUUCAGAGAUGCCUGCUGAAAAGGUUGAAGAGACUUCCAUGGGCAUGGUAAAAGCAGAAAUGUCUGCCCCAGACCACCUUCCAGAGGGAGACAUGGGUAAAAAGCAUCAAGGAAAAUGUCUCAGAAUCAUCUCCACUGAGCCUCCUGCUAAGCUUUACUGCUGCUAUGUAGUGAUCAUGGUUCUCACUGUAGCUGUAAUUGCACUUUCUGUUGCCUUGUCAGGAUUUAGAAGACCUUUAGAAGAACAGUGCUUUCCUUCUGCUCAUUUAAAGGAUGAAAAAGUUGAAGUGAGAAAGGAAAAACCAGUCAUGUUGACCCCUGGAUCUUGCUAUGCGAACUGCCCAAAUGGCUGGCUUGGAUUUGGAAGCAAAUGUUUUUAUUUUUCUGAAGAAGCGAGAAACUGGACAGUCAGCCAGGCCUACUGUAGGGCACAGGCAGCUGAACUAGCUCGAUUUGACAGCCUGGAGGAGCUGAAUUUCCUCAAGAGAUGUGCAUCGCAUACUGCCCACUGGAUUGGCUUGUAUAGAGAGUCAUUGCAACACCCUUGGAAGUGGAUAGACAACACUGAAUAUAAUAAUUUGGAACCUGUUUUUGGAGGUGGCCAUAUGGGUACAGUGGCUAGCUAUAUAAUCGCCAAUCACGACAGCUACUCAAGAGAAUAUUGGAUUUGUAACAAGUUCAACAGCCGUACUUUACACUACUCAAUGUCCAUUGUUCUUUAAUCUAAGGGUCUAGGAAAUCAACCUGUCAUCUUAUCUCAGCAGAGACCUACAAGCACCAGGCUUUGGAAUCAGUUAGCAUUUUCCUUGUUAGUCAACAAUUACAGACCCUCAGUAUUUUCUUGUCAGCUGGGGAUGUCUCUGAACUUGAAUCUGGGCAGACAUGAGCUUCCUGACACCCUUCCCUUCCCAUUGUCAUAUGUUAUAUAGCCCAUUUACUAUAUAACAGCCUCUGAGAGGGAAUAAAUGAGACAGC